CUCUUAUCUACUUUGUCUUUCCUCGUAAUUGUCUUUAUACUAUUAAAUCAUGCUCUGCCUUUACAUGCAUUCCGACCGUCAACCUCUUCUGACGACAAGACUACCUUUGGCAUGCGUUCUCGACGAAAAGCAUGCGGAAAGCGACAACCGACAAAGCACUAUUAAAACACCCAUCGUCAAUAGCGUAUCUUUCGAUCCGUUCACCCAUGCAAGCACCUUGCUCCACCAACAAUCCGAUUUCACUUGGAGCAUUUUCGACAAUGUCUUGGCUCGUGCGCUUCGCAGUAUGGCAUCUGCUUUAUCUAACCUGCCGCAAGACCCGCGCGCUAAAAAAUCAUCGGCAAUCAUCGUUGCGCCCUCUCCUAUUAUCAUUUCUCCUUCUUAUUCCGCCGCCGUCGCCGCCAUCACCGGCACCAAACGCUGUCCUUCCAAUAAUAAACGCGCUCCUCCAACACUCAAACAAAGACAUCGCCAUGUAUGCUGGCAGCCUAUUGCUCCUAAUGAUGAUGAAACAGCGCCACAACAUCUCAACAACAACAACAAUAACAACUCUGUGUUGCCUGCUUGGAUGUUUACCCACAAACACUCUCGAGACAUUCGAUCCAAUCCCGACGAAAUCCGGAAGCUUGCUGUCAAGCUCGAAAUGGUACGACAGAAGAAACUAACAAUCGGCCGCGUCAAGAGCGAACGCAAGCGACAUCUUCCUACUCGUACCGACGAUUUUUCCCCUUGCAGAAAAAGCGGUUUAUCGCAACAGUUAUAAUUCUCCAAAGCGCAAAACACAAUGAUUUCUCUCCAUCGUCAAUUGUUGAUAAUUUUUUGUACCAUUGUUAUAUUAGCUUGUAUAUAUUAUUUUGUUCUCUUUGUAUGUCUUUGUUUUCUACUAUUACUAUUAAUAUCUUUUUUUCCAUCGCUCAUCACUAUUGUACCAU